CAGAUGCGCCGCUUAUAGAAGGUAACGUUAGAGUUGACAGUUUGUGUAGUUCCGCAGGUCGAUGUGGACAGUUGUGCAAUCCGCUGACCUCGUUUCGGAGUAACUUACAAUUGUAUUGUUUGUGCAUGCAAGCUUUCAACUGAGUGCUACUGCAAAACCUGAAUAUUUCAGUACGGCGAGAAUUGUUGAGUUGAACUGUGAAGUGUGGAGGCAACAUAUAACUUGUGCAACGGUUACCCAGAGUGUGCUGAAGACAUGAGCGUAUUGGAAUCCUGAUAACAGACGUCAUGACAGCAGAGGUUGUGAGUUCACAGAGUCCAGCUCAGAUCCCGGCUCCUGUUCAGAGGGACUUCUAUUACUGGACCCGCUCCUUUGUAGCAGGAGGUGUGGCAGGAUGCUGUGCAAAGUCCACCAUCGCACCUCUGGACAGAAUAAAAAUUUUACUCCAAGCUCAAAAUCCUCAUUACAAACAUCUUGGAGUGUUUGCCACACUUACGGCUGUGCCAAAAAAGGAGGGCUUUCUUGGGCUGUACAAGGGAAAUGGCGCUAUGAUGCUCAGGAUUUUCCCGUAUGGAGCCAUUCAGUUUAUGGCUUUUGAUAACUACAAAAAGUUCCUUAGCACAAAGCUUGGAAUAUCUGGACACAUUCACCGACUGAUGGCGGGAUCUAUGGCAGGAAUGACUGCAGUUAUUUUCACCUAUCCACUUGAUGUUGUCCGAGCUCGCUUGGCUUUUCAAGUGACAGGAGAGCAUCGCUACACUGGCAUCCGAAAUGCUUUUCAUACCAUUUACCUGACGGAAGGAGGAAUCUCUGGCUUCUACCGUGGUUUGAUCCCCACAAUAAUUGGCAUGGCUCCAUAUGCAGGAUUUUCUUUCUUCACCUUCGGUACUUUGAAGACUCAGGGACUCGCUCACUUUCCAGAGCAGUUAGGCAAGCCGUCUCGUGACAACCCGGAUGUUCUUGUGCUGAAGACUCAUGUCAAUCUGCUGUGUGGUGGAGUUGCUGGAGCAAUUGCUCAAACUAUUUCAUAUCCACUAGAUGUUGCCAGGAGAAGAAUGCAAUUAGGCACGUCACUUCCUGAUUCGGACAAAUGUUUCACCUUCACAAAAACCAUCAAGCAUGUGUACUCUCAAUAUGGUAUUAAGAAAGGAUUGUAUCGUGGUCUGUCCCUCAACUACAUCCGCUGCAUACCGUCACAAGCAGUUGCCUUCACAACAUAUGAAUUCAUGAAGCAAAUCUUGCAUCUGAAUUAGAACAAGUGUGACUGAGCCUUAACCUUGAAAUGACCCCUGGCUAUAGCAACAUCGUUUGGCAUUCCGGUAAACAGCGAUGUGUUCUUAAAAAUCCAUGCAGGCUAAUGGCAAACCUGUGGCUUUACACACUCCAGCAUCAGUCGCUGGGCAGAGGACAAAGAGAAGACUAGCUCUUGGGUGUGUGCCCCCUAGCAACCGAAAGUGGAAAUUGCAUGGCAACCUGAUGUCUAUAAAAGCAUUGGAAGUGAAUUUCUCUCUGAAUAUUAUGCCUUUACUUUAUCUCAUUUAUGCCAUCACAAUUAUGUCAGCGAUGAUUGCAGAAGGCACAUAGUGCUUUAAGCUAUUACUAAUAAUCGAAGGAACUGAAAAUGUAUUUUUUUUGUUCUAAAAGAACAAACCUCAUUUUCCAUAGCCAGACUUGUUUAAUAUACAGAGCUUUAUAUUUCAUCAAAUCCGUGUUAAUCAUUUCAAGGCUUGUUGACUGAUUAUUAUCUCACUCGGUGACUUCCUAACUACUUCAAUUCAAUAAUUUAGUAAUGUACUGAAUGAAGGAGAGUGUCUAUUAUGUCUAUGCAGUAUUAACGAGACUCACAUUUGCAUAUCGAGGUUACUGUGGCUAAACCUAAAGACUGCUCAGUGACAUCCAGCAUUGUGCAUGCAUUUCUGCAUGAGAAUCCCAAACAAGCAACAUUACAAACAAGCAAAACUGUUUUUGGUGAUGUGCAUAUCACAGCUGAUAUGUAUAAAUGAUUCACUCAUUUGUCAUGGGAACAAAAUGGACUCCCACAAAUAAAAUAUGAAUUUUGUUUUCAGACUAGUUGGGUAUAGAUAUUAUAUGAACUUUAAUGUGUUAUUGUACUGUAGUAGCUCAUUUUAAGUGUGGUUUGUACACUUAUACCAAGUACAAUUCAUAUCCUUGUGAAUUUUCACAAAGCUAUAAUGAUCCCAAAAGUUGAUGCCUUAUGUGUUUCUUUUCUUCUGCCAUAUGGUGGCACUGUUGCAGUGAAAUGGUGUUGAAUGGCACAUGUUGACAGGAUGAAAGGGAACAUUUACAUGUAAAAAAACAUGCUUGUUUGUUCGAAGUGCAGUGAAAAGACAGAGGAUUUGGUUUUAAAACUGAUGAAAUACAUUUUAAUGACUGAAAUUAACAAUCACAGUGAUGCAUAAUGGUUCAUGAUGAAUUUCAGGUUUAUUUCCACAGAAUACCACAGAGCUUAAUCAGUUAUCAUGUUUGUCUUAAGCCCUUUUCAUACAGAGAUCCUGGAAAAUAUACAAAACAUGUGUCCAUGAAUUUGUCCCGGGAUCGCUAGAUUGUCUUUAAUAAUUGUAGCGAAUCGACAGUUUUAUGGCUGUUUACAAUCUUAGAUUUUAAUAUCCUUAACUCUAUUAUUUAUUUGUUGCUUUAUUUCUAUUAAAAUACACAUUGAGAUGGCUGCUUGGCUUAAUGAUGAUCAAUGACAUAAUGUUUUGUACAUGAUUGUUCAUUUUUUUUGUUUGCUAACAUAAAAAUUAAACUAGGAAUAAAAAUAUAAACAUUU